ACCUCAUACUUUUUUUUCCGGAUCAGCGACCAACCGACCCAGCGGCCAGCGUCUUCCUCAGCGAGUCUGCGGCUUCAGCUCAGCGCUUCAUCUUCUACAUUCUCCAGCGCAUCACCUCAAUCCUUAGCAUCAUCAUCUACUCUCUUCUUUGAUUUUAGUGAAAAUAUUUCCUGGAUCCGCCACUGCCCAAUGUCCUCCUCUUCUUCCGAGUCGGAGACCGAGACCGCGCCAACGAUCCUCGCCAAAUGUUCAGUGUGGGAUUUGCCAGACGUGCCACAGGGGCAGUUACCUUCUCAUAUUGAGCUCCAGAGGACUCGUGUUCUCUGCACUUAUAUAGCUCCCACUAAUACAGAGAAAAUCAAGUAUGGGGGUGCCUUUGCGUCAAUGGGCGUUGAUAACAGCGUGCCAUCGGAAAAGUUUCGGAACAAUUUUAGAGUCGAAAUUAUGAGUCUCGAUGACGAUACGAUGGAGUUUGACAUGGUUGGAAUUGAUGCAGCUGUUGCCAAUGCAUUCCGUAGAAUACUCAUUGCCGAGGUUCCAACUAUGGCUAUUGAGAAGGUUUUAAUUGCAAACAAUACAUCUAUAGUCCAAGAUGAGGUGCUUUCACAUAGACUUGGUCUCAUCCCUCUUAAAGUUGAUCCCAGGCUAUUUGAGUAUAUGUCAGAAAAUGACACACCAAAUGAGAAGAACACAAUUGUUUUUAGUCUCCAUGUUCGCUGUGAGAGGGCUAAAAUGGGAAGAAUUUCAGUAAAGUCAGGAGACCUGAAGUGGUUACCUGAUGGCAGUGAGUUUGAACUGGCCACAGAAAAAUCAGCUUCUAGUUCAACAUCAAAGCCUAGAACGUAUACUUCAUUCAGCUGUAGUCAAAAGUCUCUACCAGAAUUUUCUAACAAUCCAAUUGCCCCCACGCAUCAUGAUAUUACGAUUGCUAGGCUUGGGCCUGGGCAGGAAAUUGAACUAGAAGCACAUGCUGUAAAAGGCAUUGGUAAGACACACGCAAAGUGGUCACCUGUAGCCACUGCUUGGUACAGGAUGCUUCCUGAGAUUGUAUUGUUACGAGAAAUUGAAGAUAAUGAAGCCGUAGAACUUGUGAAGAAAUGCCCGGUAAAAGUAUUUGACAUAGAAGAUAUUGGAAAAGGUAAAAAGAGGGCAACCGUGGCAAGGCCAAGGGCUUGUACCCUUUGCAGGGAGUGCAUUAGGGAGGAAGGAUGGGAAAAAAAUGUUGCUUUACGCCGUGUAAAAGAUCACUUCAUUUUUACAAUUGAGUCGACCGGGGGACUGCCUCCUGAAGUGCUGUUCAACGAAGCAGUAAAGAUUUUGGAAAAUAAAUGUGAGAGUGUGAUAACAGUGCUUUCUUGAUCCCAUAAUAACGAGACAUCUUUUGAUAUGUUCCGGGAGGGCUCUCGUCAAUCAACCAAUGCUUGGAAUGGAAACCACAUUUGGGGUUUCCCAAUAUCAUUUCCUUGUUGAUGCUUAAUGUAUGCUAGAUCAAUAGUUUAUUUAUUUUAUUGCAAUUCCCCCCCCCCAAAUGUAUCUUAGAUUUUAAAUUAAUUAAACAUAAGCUCCUCUCAAAAGAGAGAUUAAAGAUUUCUUCAAUAUAUAAUGUUUUGCUAUAUGUUUGUCAUGUAAACCUGCAAAAUUAGUGUCAUAGAAACUUGCAUU